CUGCUGCUGCUGCUGCUGCUGCUGUGUCGUGCUUUUUGGACCUUGGUCGCUGUUCGUUGACAUAGGGAUCUGGAAUUCCAGGCGACUUGAGGUUUUGAAGCAGUUGAUCAUCCUGUGCCGAUCACAGUGUGUCGCUCUCCUUUGUGUCUGUCUUGACUGCAACCGUCCCCAGUCCCGGUGACUCUUGAGAUUCGGGUCCGUCCCAGAGCUCGCUCACCUUCAUCUCGACCGAAAUUUUCAUUGAGCCUUUUCGGUUCCAUAGCCAGGCGCUCAGGUCAGGUGGCAGCUCGACGCGAUGGUUACGUGCCCUAACGUUGAGCUAGCUCAGGCGGACGACUGUUUCUUCUGUCCCGAUGGGAUACAUUGGGAUGCUCAUAGGAUAGGAUGGGCCGUGUCCGGGGCUGCUGCUGCUGUGACCACCUUAAUUACUCUCUUCACCUUGACGAUGCACGCUACACAUUAUCAGCAGCCUGCACCGCAGCGACAGAUCAUGCGAGUGCUGUUGAUGCCAGCUGUAUACGCCAUCGUCUCCUUCUUCUCCUACCGAUAUUAUCAGUCAUACGAAUACUACGUCUUGGCUGAGACCGCGUAUGAGGCUGUGACGUUGUCUGCCUUUCUGCUGCUCUUGAUGGAACUGGUCGCUCUGCGGACAUCAGGAAACGAUAUCAAGGAUAUCCUGCAGGAGAAGGACAAACGGAAGCUACCUUUUCCGUUCAACUUCCUGCGCUUUCGAGCUUCCAAGCCAUACUUCAUGCACGUCCUCACAUUCAGUGUUCUGCAGUAUGUAGUCAUACGCCCGGCUAUCACGAUCGCGGGAAUCAUCUGUCUGUACUACAACGUACUCUGUACCGGUCAUUAUUCCGUACACUUUGCAGCUGUCUACCUCGACGCAAUAGACUUUGCUUCCAUCUCAAUCGCCCUGUAUGGUCUCAUCGUCUUCUACGUCUUGUGCAAGGACGAGCUCAAGGGUAGACGGCCACUCGCAAAGUUCCUGGCCAUCAAGUUGAUCGUCUUCUUUGUCUUCUACCAAGGCUUUAUCUUCACAGUUCUGCAACACUACAAUGUCAUCAAGGCUACUAGAUUCUGGACUGCUGAAAAUGUCUCCGACGGCCUGUCUGCGCUGUGCACUACACUGGAGAUGGUAGUCUUCAGCGCCUACAUGGGCUGGGCAUAUUCGUGGAAAGAAUACACUUCUCCGGAGAUGAACCCUAAUCAGCGACCGACGAAUGCGAGGACUUAUUUUUCUGCCAUAUGGGAUACGAUCAACCUUUCCGACUUUGCGGCAGAGAUUUGGGCUGCUUUGAAAUUCUUCGUGGCCUUCAUUUUGGGUCGGCCAGGAACACACAGCCGCCAAACAAAGAUGCAAAAGACAUUCAUGCCUCACACAAUGAAUCCUCGAGAAAAGAUGCCUAUGGAGAGUAUGGACUCGACUAAUCGGCCAUUUCCUGGGCGAACAAGCAGCGGCAACGUGAUUUCAAAUGUGCAAUCACCUUCUGCUGCAGCCGCCAGCUACCAGAGACUGGAUGUCCAGAGCAACAGCUGGCGGCCCUCCACAGACGAAGCCUCAGGACUGGAGCCUAGACAUCCCUUCGCGAAUCCCACCCCCGCCCCUACAAUCCCUGCCAGCGGAUCUUUUUCUCACGCCGGACCGCAAAGGCAAUCUCGAGCAGCGAAUCCAUCAGCGACCUCUGGUGGUUUCCCUCAGCCACACCCAUAUUCACAACAUCAGCCGUCCAGCGCUGCUGCUUCUGGCUUGAUGCCCCCCGUCCCUAGUAGGAACACCGCUGGUUUUACACCCAUGAGCUCUACCCGCUCCUUCCACAGUGUCGGUGGUGGAAGCACGGUCAGCGGUACGAGCCACUACGCCACGCCCAUGGGGACCCCCGGAGAAGAGUUCCAGAAUGGUUCUCCAUGGAGUCGUGAUGGCGCACCUUAUUCAUCUGAUGUGCGCACCCAACCGAUGUCGACGACUGCGAGCAUGGGUCAGCCACAUUAUCAAAGACGUUAUUGACAAUGUCCUCCUCAUGUUGCCUCAUAGACCACAUGUAUCAAUUACGGU